UUAGGUUCAAAGGUCAUUGUAGGUUGUCUCUUGUCUCCAUCUCAUUGUUUAUCUUCGCUCUGCUUGAUUCUCCUCAAGACCCCAUAAGCUGUGAGUGAGUCGAGCUGGAGGCAUGUCAGUGCAAGCCCUGUCACACGCACAAAAGGUCACUAGACUCUAUAGGAAGUCUCUAAAACACCUCUUAUCAUGGAAGAUCUCAAGAGCAGUGUGGAGACAGGAAGCCAUUGAACUGAGGUGUAUAUUUGAUGAGAACAAGAACCUACGGGAUGUUACCAAGGCCACAACUUUACUAGAGAGAGGAGAAAUAGAAUUCAAUAAAUGGAAGCACCCAGACCCAUAUAUCUCACCUGAAGCACCUGAGGGAACCAAAUGGGAGAGAAACCUUCCCCCACCUCCACAUGUAUUAGAAAUGACGCCUGAUGAGAAAGAGUGGCUAGAAGAUUGGAUGAAGAAUGCUCCGGCCUAGACAGUUUAUUGUGAACUUUGAACGUUUGGCACUUGGCAGAACAAUAUAUUAUAUUUGUUAUAGCUAGUCAUCACUUUGCACUAUUAUAUAUAGUAUAUCUUUUUGUACACCAUUGUCCAUCUGUUGAAUUAUGAUUGACAAAACAA